AUAUAGCAGGUCAACAAAAAUAAUAUCUACGUAUACGUAUACAUACAUAUAUAUAUUUUUUGUUAUGAUGAUAUUUUUGGUUUUCUGAUUAAAAUCGUGUUUCGUAAUUACCAUUCGAAUAACAAACAUCAUUAUCUGCAAAAAUCGGAUUCCUUGUCUUCAAAAUCUACCUUUUUUUAUGUCAAGAGAUCAAUCAAUUUGAUACAGGUAGCAGCAAUAUCAUCAAUGAAUAGAAGAUUCAUUUGAUUCUUCUGAGAUGGAAGCGGAUGUAUCCAUUUCGCAGUAUUUUAUCUCCUAAACCCUAAGAACAAUCCCAUCUUUCUCGUCUGGAUGAGUUUUACCGAUCAUUUUUUGUCUUUUUUGCGAUUCGACAUGUUUACUUCGAUGAGGACGAUGAAUCUUCUUGUGCUUUUAUUCUUCUCUGUGACGACUUCAUGCUAUAUGGCGGUGGCCAAGGUGGUUCUGAUUGGGAACAACGUCACUCUAUCCUUCGACGACAUUGAAGCUAAUUUUGCUCCAGCGAUGAAAGGUUCUGGAGAAUGUGGUGUCUUGUAUAUUGCAGAGCCGGUUGAUGCAUGUACAGAACUGACAAAUAAAGUUGAACUGCAUUCAAAUACAAGUUCACCUUUUGUUUUAAUAGUUAGAGGGGGGUGUAGCUUUGAAGAGAAAGUCAGAAGAGCACAAAAGGCUGGCUUCAAAGCUGCAAUUGUCUAUGAUAAUGAAGACGAUGGAGUCUUAGUUUCAAUGGCAGGAAAUUCAGGUGGUAUAAAAAUACAUGCUGUAUUUGUUGCUAAAGCCUCAGGUGAAAUAUUGAAAAGAUAUGUUGGACUGACUAACAUUGAAGUGUGGCUAAUUCCAAGCUUUGAAAACUCAGCAUGGUCUAUCAUGGCAAUUUCAUUCAUUUCCCUGCUAGCAAUGUCGGCAGUUCUGGCUACUUGUUUCUUUGUCCGGAGGCAUCGCAUACGAAGAGAAAGGCCUCAGGCUUCUCGUGUUCGGGAGUUUCAUGGCAUGAGUAGUCGCCUAGUGAAAGCAAUGCCUAGUUUGAUAUUUACCUCUGUUUUAGAGGAUAACUGCACAUCAAUGACAUGUGCAAUAUGCCUUGAAGACUAUUGUGUUGGAGAGAAGCUCAGGAUUCUGCCCUGCUGUCACAAGUUUCAUGCUGCUUGUGUGGAUUCUUGGCUUACUUCAUGGAGAACCUUUUGUCCAGUUUGUAAGCGUGAUGCAAGAACUGGUCUAGCUGAUCCUCCACCUUCAGAAUCCACGCCUUUGCUUUCAUCUGGCCCAGCAUCUGCAGCAUCCUCUGUAGCAUCAUCUGUGAGAUCAUCUUUAGCAUCAUCUUCUGCCAUACAAAUUGCACAGUCCCCGUCUGUUUCUUGGAACCAUUCUGUGGCCAGUACACCCUACAUUCACCCAUCACUUAGGUCCCACCACCACUCUCCCUUCAUGAGUGUCAGUCGAAGCUCAGUAGAUCUUAGGAAUGCAUCCCAAAGAUCUCAAGCUUCUCAUUUGAAUUCUCCACAUUCUAUGGGUUACCCAUCAAUGUCAUCUAUGAACUCGAGGUACUUGUCCCCACAUAUUCGAAGUCCAAUUAAUGUUUCAGCAAGUUAUAUUGGUUCUUCUAGUCAUCGUCAUCACCCCCUUCAUUAUAGUGGAUCAGCUGCGAGUUUUUCUCCAUUUGCUUCUGCACAAUCCCUUCCAGAAUGCUGAGUUAAUGAGGUGUGCACCGCAUUUGCAGAUAGUCAUGAGAAAGAGACAUCAAGUAACCUUUGCAAUUCUCAUUACCUCUAAAUCAGAUAGUUGGUUACCAUGUUACAACUACUGAUCUGCUUCCAUCCCAUCAUACUGCUCGAGUCAUGAUGUGGUCACAUCUCUCAAUCCAUUUCUUCAUGUGGGGUGUACAUUGUGACAUCACUGUGUGAUGUUUGUUUUAUUCUGGUUGAUGUUGUUGCAUUUUCAGGUUGAUGUGGUUGCCUAGGUCGCUGCAAAUUUGGGUUGAUAUUCACUAUGUCAUACUCUUGGUUUUUGAAUUAUAGUUGACUGCUAACACGAGAAAAUGUUUGGCCUGUACAGAAAAACUGCAGUGGUAUUAAUUCAGUAUGUUCUGAUUGUUUAA